AUGCCUGGAUUUGCGAAGUAUUUGAAAGAUCUGCUUACGAAGAAGAGGUCUGUGCAACAUGAAACUGUGAGUUUGACUCACACUGUGAGUUCUAUUAUUUCGACAACAACAGUCCAGAAGAAGGGAGAUCCUGGGGCAUUCACUAUUCCUUGUUCUAUCGGGUAUUAUGAUUUUGCUCGUGCUCUGUGUCAUACUGGGGCUAAUAUGAAUUUAAUUCCACUUUCUUUUUAUAAGCAAUCAGGAUUGGGGAUGCCUAGGCCGACGACUAUGCGAUUACAAAUGGCUGACAGAUCUAUUAAGAGGCCAGUUGGCGUGGUUGAUGAUGUUCUUGUACGGGUUGGUGAUUUUCUGUUGCCCGCAGAUUUUGUGAUUCUUGACUGUGUUGUUGAUCAUGAUAUUCCCAUUAUUCUGGGGAGACCUUUCCUUGCUACGGAAAGGGCUCUUAUGGAUUCAGAAAAGAAUGAAAUAAAUUCUGAGUCAAUGAUAAAGUGGUGA